UCGCGAUAUGUGUUUUCGCGAUAUGUGUUUUGAUAACCUUCGUAAUACAGCAGUUAGCUGCGGGGAAGCUGAUGCUAUCUUGCAUUGUACAAUUGAAAGCCAAGAUUGUUGAAACUACGCAUUCAAGAUGUUUGACAAAGUUCUGUUGUCGUGUGCGAUGGUUUUUCUGGUGAUCCAGCAAAUACGGACACUUCCAAUCAUGGGAGAACCGCCAUUUUGCCGAGAUCUCGAAUGCCCAGAAUAUACAGUGGCCAUGCACACGGAUGAUUUUGAAGAAAGAUGCUACCAAGAGUACAAAUGGGCAAGCACUGAUAUGUCAGGUGUUGACUACGACGCGGCAGUCAGAACUGGCUUCGAACGUCUAUUUGCCUACAUCUCCGGCGCAAAUAAACCCAAGGUGAAAAUCGAAAUGACAGCUCCAGUGGCCGUUGCGAUCAAAGCUGGCCCGGGACCUUUCUGCGCAUCCAACUUUACUGAGAAUUUCUUUGUACCUUUUAAGUACCAGUCGGGACCACCUGAGCCCACGGGUGAGGUGUACAUUACCACCUUUCCCAAACACUGCCAAUAUGUGACAACGUACUCGGGUUAUAGUAAUACAACUUUAAUGCAAGAAAACACAGCACGAUUGGUAAAGGCCUUAGAAAAAGCAGGGCUUGGUGACACAUAUGCUACAAAUGAGUAUUUCUUUGCUGGUUAUGACAGCCCCUUCGAGCCUCUUCAUCGUCACAAUGAAAUUUGGUUGAUCAAAAAAAGCGAAAAUUCCAUACUGUGAUAGACCUAUGAAAGCGGACGAUAUUACUAGCUUUUAGAAAAGCCCAGGCCUCAAUACGAGGUCUCUGUGAUUCUUGGAAUAUUUAAUGUGAUUGUAACUCGAAUGUUUGAAGUAAAUUGUCAAAUUUUAGGAUUUUAUCUUGUUUGUCUAUCAACAGAAAAGCUAAAGCAAUAAAUAAAGUGAAAGUA